AUAACUUGAGCUAAGGGACUCAAAAAUAGAGCUCUAAAAUGAGCUUCUCUUUCAGCCUCCAUACCCCUAAGGCUCUCCCUCCCCUUUCUCCUCCUUGCUGCAGGAAAUUUCAUCUCUUCAUUACAUCCAGACAGAAAACAAUCCCCAAUACCAAGUUUGAGAAGGUUACUGCUAUGGGCACCAUUUCUGAACUUCAGGAAAUUCCUUCGGUAUCCAUCUAUGAAGUAUCCUUGGGAUACACCUAAAAAUCCAUCCCAAAUUAAGAAUGCAUAUUUGAACUAUCCCUAGGCUACUCCUGAAGAUUACUACUAAGUCUAAGACAUUUGUAAACCCAUUUGCAUAAUAAUAUUUAUACAUUGUUUAUAAUCUUCUAUUAAGAUUUAAGUUUUAACUAUGGUUUUUAUAAAUAUUCUGUUUGAAU